GGGUAGUUGGCUGAGACCAUUUGUUUACGUCACGUGAUCCCGACAAGGCCCAAUGAAUUCAAACAACAAGAUGGCGGAUCAUUAACUGAACAGUUGCAAGGAUGUGUUUCCAGAUCUUCGUUUUUUCUUCAGUUUUGUCGCUUUUCAUGUAACCUUACUGGCCGUUUCCUGUAACCAGCAUGGUUUCGUUUAUUAUUUCUCGCCUCGUUAUUUUAGUGUUUGGCACACUGUAUCCUGCCUAUGCAUCAUAUAAAGCCGUCAAGACACGCAAUGUCAAAGAAUAUGUCAAAUGGAUGAUGUACUGGAUAGUGUUCGCAUUAUUUACAUGUAUUGAAACGGUGUCGGACAUCUUUGCGUCUUUGAUUCCAUGUUAUUACGAAGCAAAGAUUUUGUUCAUAUUCUGGCUCUUGUCACCAUGGACGAAAGGCGCCAGCUAUCUUUACAGAAAGUUCAUCCAUCCCACUCUGAGUAAAAGGGAAAAGGAAAUUGAUGAAUAUAUUGCUACCGCCAGUGACAAAGGAUAUGAAACCCUUAAACGAGUCAGUAAAAACGGUCUCACAAUAGCCGCCAAUGCAUUUAUGACCUCCGCUAUCAAGGGCCAGACUACAAUACUUGACCAAAUACGAGUCUAUACAAAUUCCCCUGAGAAGGGUCAUGAAGAUGAGAACUUUCAGAAAGAUGAACUAUCGCUUCCUAAUGAAGUUGAUAACCGGGUCAUAGAAGAACAGCAAAGUCAACCAGCGGAGAAAGAUCAGGAUGUGGCACCAAGCGAGGAAUCUCGAACCAACACACGUCGACGUAGACGACGUGACCUCAACAAGGAACUUGACCAAUCAGAUUCCAAUAAGAACCAACAAGACAAUGAGAGUAAUAUUACAAUGAAGAGAUAUAAUUAUGGGCAUUAUGCAGCAGAGGGUAGUGUUAAACAGUAUGCUAAAAGACACCAAGAGCUGACUGGUUCCAAAAGCUCCUCCUCUUCUCACCAUUCCACAAGAGCCACCAGAUCCUCAACCAGAAGUUUACACUCUUGAUGAAGCAGUGCAUCAUGGACAGUUAGCUGACCAUCGUGGACUGAGAUUAGGAUUAUAGUGUAACUCAAUCUGAGGCCGGCUGAACUAAGCUGUGGACAAAGUGUCUUCCAAAAGAUGCAACCAGCAGUCUGAUUUUUACAAAUAUGUGACAGUUACGUGUUUUGUAUAUUUUGUAUAUGGUAUUUGUUAUACUGUUUCCAGUAUGUAGUAUUUUGGGAAUAUGCACCCAUAAGCUGUGAUGUAUUAGAUUUACAUCACCAUGAACUAUGCACUGGGUUUAUAUGAUGGUUUUAUAAUGUUAUUUGUUUUUUUUGUUGUUUUUUAAACAAAAAAUAAAAAGGCUGAGUGCGAAUAAGACCUGAAUAGCAAAAAAUGACAUAAAUUACACUAUAUUUGUUUACUUAUAUAUUAGUCAUGCUCCGAAUCUGCAAGGGUCAUAUAGUAGAGCAACUUACAUAUUUCCCCAAAAAAAGUAUGACUGGUUGGAAAUGACCUCUUUCGGUAAAGCUGUUCUUUUUGUCUUCUCGUUGAGAGCUCAAUAUGGCCGCAUAAAUUAAACUUUCUGAACACUACUAUAAAUCAAAUGAUCAGUUACAACACUUAAUUGCAAUGUUUCUGUCAUUAACAUGCAUUUUAUACACAUUUUUUUUAAAAAUAAUUUUGAUUACCAAUUAGUAAACUUAAGAUAAUUAGCAUGAAUAGGGGUAAUGAACAUUUAUUGAUGUAUUGUUAAGUGUCAUGUUGGGUACAGGUGUUAAUUUAAUAAGUGCAAUGAAUUUACUGAUAGUUUCUUGUCCUGUGCAUACAAAUGCCUCAUAGUUUUCUAUAUUAAGAACACUAAUCAGUAAUCAGCAUGCAUGUCAGGGAGCCAAUUAAUGAUGGUCUUACAAAAGGUUUUCUCCUAUAUAUUAUCUAUCAGUGAAUUUGGUUUGUAUGUUACUAUCGCCACCAUGAUAUUGCAGAUUUCUGACUGUUCAUGUGUGUCAUGAU